CAGUAGGUUUACUUAGUCCUGGGCCACCCUUGCACACGUUGGUCCAAAAUGGAAGACUCAAACUCCACAACGGUGGUUUCUGACCCCCAACACGCCGCCAAGCUUCUCCGAGCUCUCAGUUGUUUCCGGGAAGAAUCUGACUUCUGUGAUACUUUGCUUAUUGUGGAAGAGCAAGAAAUUCCUGUGCAUAAGAAUAUUUUGGCAGCUGCUAGUCCCUACAUAAGAGCCAAACUCAACUACAACCCUCCAAAGACUGAUGGAUCCAUCUACCGCAUUGAAAUGGAGGGCAUUUCAGUGACCAUUAUGAAAGAGAUUCUAGACUACAUUUUUAGUGGACAGAUCAGGCUGAGUGAAGAAACCAUCCAGGAUGUGGUACAGGCAGCCGAUCUCCUACUGCUUACCGAUCUCAAGACUCUGUGCUGCGAGUUCUUGGAGGGCUGCAUCACUGCUGAGAACUGCAUAGGCAUCCGAGACUUUGCCCUGCAUUACUGCCUGAACCACGUGUAUUACCUCGCCACCGAGUACCUGGAGACCCACUUCAGAGAUGUCAGCAGCACUGAGGAGUUUUUAGAACUGAACCCAAUCAAAGUCAAAGAAGUCCUAUCCCUAGAGAAGCUUAAUGUAGGCAAUGAAAAAUAUGUCUUUGAAGCAGUGUUACGCUGGAUUGGCCAGGAUUCUGAAGGGAGAAAGGUUCACAUGAAGGAUGUAAGUUCGGCCUUGUGGGUGAGUGGCUUGGACUCUAGCUAUCUCCGUGAACAAAUGUUGAAUGAGCCACUGGUACGAGAAAUGAUCAGAGAGUGCACCAACAUCCCCCUGAGCCAGCCUCAGCAAGGAGAGGCUGUCCUGGCCUCCUUCAAGCCCAGAGGUUAUUCGGAGUGCAUUGUGACCGUGGGCGGAGAGGAACGAGCGUCUCGGAAACCAUUGGCCAAUGUCCGUUGUAUGUGCCCACUUUAUGAUCGGAACAGACAAUUAUGGAUUGAGCUGGCACCACUGAGCUCACCAAGAAUCAAUCAUGGGGUUUUAUCUGCAGAGGGUUUCUUGUUUGUUCUUGGGGGACAAAAUGAAAACAGCGAGACUCUGAUUUCUGGGGAGCUGUAUGAUCCAGAUGCCAACGCCUGGAGCCCACUACCACCUAUGCUUGAUGCAAGGCACAGUUUUGGUGUUGUAGAAAUUGAUGGUGUAAUCUACGUUCUGGGAGGAGAGGACGGAGAUCGUGAGUUGAUCGCUAUGGAGUCUUAUGACGUAUGUACUAAAACAUGGAGCAAGCAGCCAAAUAUGACUAUGGUGCGAAAGAUCGGCUGCUAUGCCGCAAUGAAGAAGAAAAUCUUUGCAAUGGGAGGAGGAUCAUUUGGAAAGCUUUUUGAGUCUGUUGAGUGUUAUGAUCCCAAAAUACAGCAGUGGACAGCGAUAUGUCCCCUGAAGGAAAGAAGGUUUGGGGCGGUAGCAUGUGGGGUCGGUAUGGAACUUUAUGUCUUUGGUGGAGUCAGAAGUCGGGAAAAUGAGCAAAAUAGUGAAAUGGUGGCCUGUAAAUCUGAAUUCUACCAUGAUGACUUUAAAAGAUGGAUUUACUUAAAUGACCAGAAUUUGUGUAUUCCAACAAGCUCUUCCUUUGUGUACGGAGCAGUGCCUAUUGGAGCAAGUAUUUAUGUUAUUGGAGAUCUUGACACAGAAACUACUCAAGAGAGUCUGUGGACACUACUUUUCACCGUCCAGGUCUAUGCAACAGUUCACCGCACCAUGCCAAGCACACUGUCGUGCUCCCAAGAGACCAAGAGAAUCCACCUUUCACAGAGUGACCAGGCCACACAGAAAACUCUAUCAUACAGGAAAGGUUCUGACGAAGGGGGUAUCGCCCCGGAUACGUGUUAA